ACAGUUGCGCUGUCAGUCGGACCGCAGCUGAACCAACCGGGCGCGAUACGCCGUCCACCUACAGGGCCCAAAAGAAAAGCAGCCCAAAGCUGGCCCCGUGCGGAAAAGCAAAUCAUUUUCGUAACCUUUUUUCGCCCAGAACCGAACAGUUAUCCAGCACCAGCAGGGAAUUAGAAGCAGCGCCGUUGCGAGCCGCUCAACAGCAUCACCAUGCUGUACCUCGAGGAUUACUUGGAAAUGAUCGAGCAUCUGCCCCAGGAGCUGCGGGACCGCUUUACCGAGAUGCGCGAGAUGGAUCUGGCGGUGCAGAACAAUACCGAUGCGCUGGACAAGCGCGUUCGGGCCCUGUUCCAGCAGUGCCGGCGGGCCGAAAUCUCGUCCCCGAUGGCGGACGUCGAGUUCGACUCGAUACGCACCAACUACUACCGCGUGCUGGACGACUCGGACGAGAAGAUCCAGCUGGCCGGACAGAUGUACGAUCUGGUCGAGCGGUACCUGCGCCGGCUCGACACCGAGCUGGACAAGUUCAAGUGCGAGCUGGAGGCGGACCAUAACGGCAUCACGGAGAUACUGGAGAAGCGCUCGCUCGAGCUGGACAGCAUGACGAGCAAUGGGGGCGCGAACCAGAAGGAGAACCGUUUUUACGACACGCAGAACGCCCACCCGGCCGGCCACUCCGGCCGGUCGGACGGUGGCAGCGGCCGGUACAAGGUGAAGGCCGAGAAGCGGCGCGACAGCGUGGCCCCGGGCAUGUCGAUGGGGGCGGCCGCAGCGUCCGUGGAGAAGCGCUCCGCAGCCGGCACGUCCAAGCCGCUCAACAAUAGCGCCCUGCGCCCAAACACCCCGGCCGUGCUGGCGGCCGGUGGGCUGGGCGUGCCGGGAGCGGUAGCAGCCGGAGCAGCAGCAGGAGGAGCGGCGGGACCGAUGGUGGUCGGCGGCGUGCCGGGAGCAAUCGGAGCGAUCGCAACGGGCGGUGUGGUGGGCGCGGCUGGGGCCGGUGCGCUCGCCACCGUGCCCUGCCCGCAGCCCGUCCCGGUGCUCGGUGGUGCAGCCGGUCCGGGUGCGGGUGGGGUGGCGGCGGCCACCUACAAUCUGCAGACGUGCGGCGCCGGCAAUGCGAUCGUGGCCGCCGCCAGCCAGGCCAUCGCGCAAACGCAGCAGAUGCAGCAGGGGCGCCGCACGGCCAGCCUGAAGGCGUCGUACGAAGCGAUCGGUGGGGUCGGGUCGCACGAGCUGCUGCUCAACAGCGAGCUGGCCGGCGCCACCCACAAUGCGCUGCAGGCAGUCGAGCGGGAGUCGACCGCGUUCUCGAACCAGCGGCGGCAGAAGAAGAAGAGCGUCAAUGCCCUCGGCUGCGGCAAUCUGCGCACCAACCCGACCAUGCUGGUGAACGCGUCGAACGUCACGUCCAUGCUGUCGUCGAGCUCGCCGAACGUGCAGACGCUUUCCAGCUCGCCGUCGCUGUCCUCCGUCUCGGUGCACGUCCAUACUUCGCCGCUCCAGCAGCAGCAGCAGCAGCAGCAGAAUCAGCAACAGUCGCCACAGUUUGCCGCUCAGCAACAGCAGCAGCCGCAGCAGCAACACCAGUCGACGGUGCAGUCCCAGCAGCUGCUAAUACACGCGAACACGCCCGUCAGCCUACAGCACGGUCAGCUGCAGCCGGUAAUGCAGCAGCUUACCCUGCCGUCGAUUCCCGGCAUGAAGCAGCUCCUGCCCGGACAGCAGCAGCAGCUCCUCAAUCAGCAGAAACCGGUGCAGCUCGUAUCGGCCCAGCAUCGGAUGCCGCGACAGCUGCAACCCCAGCAGCUACAGCAAUCGCUGCAAGCCCAACAUCUCCAGCAGCAGCAGCAUCAGCUGCAGCGGCCGCAGCUACUCCAGCAGCAAGCGCAACAGCUGCACACCGUUCCUCACCAGCAGCUGCUGCAGGCACAGUCCCAGCAGAAGCAGCAGCUGCAGCAGCAGCUAAAAUCCGUGCAGCAGCACGCCACGUUCCAGCAGGCGCAACAGCAGCAGCAGGUCCAGUCGCAACUGGUCCAGCAGCAGCAGCAGCAGGUCGUGCAGCACAUGCAGCAGCUGCCGGUGCAGCAGCAGUUGCUCGACCACAAAGACAUCCAGCUGCAAUCGUCCCAGCAAUUGCUGCAGCAGCAGCAGCAGCAGCAGCCACAGCAAGUGUUCCAGCAACAACGGCAGCUGCUCCUACAGCAGCAGCAGCAGCAGCUGCAACAGCAGCCACAGCUGCAGGCUGCCCAGCAGCAGCUGCUGCAGCUGCAGAACAAGCAGCACGGUGCCGCCGGCCAACAGGCGGUACAAGUCCUGCCCCAAUCGCUGCACCAGCAGCAACCGUUCAUGACGAGCGUGGCGCAGACGAGCAGCAGCAACGCGACCGUUGUCAAUGUGUCCUCCUUCAUGGAUACGCUCAUGACGAACAGUGUCAGCACCGGCGCGACUGCUGGCACCAGCGGAACGAGCAGCAGCAGCACCACCACCACCGCCGCCGCCGCCGCUGCUGAACCGACGGCCUCCGUCGACCAGGCGCCAGAAGGAGAGUGGUUCGAUCCGAACGAGCCGCGUUACUGUCUCUGCAAUCAGGUCUCGUACGGCGAUAUGGUCGCGUGCGACAAUGAAGACUGUCCCUUCGAGUGGUUCCAUUAUCCGUGCGUCAACAUAAGCUCCUCACCAAAAGGCAAGUGGUACUGUCCGCAGUGCAGCAGCUCGAUGAAACGACGAGCUUCGAGAAAAAAUUAAUCAGCCAAUGGAGUGUUUUUUUUUAUCGCUUUUUUAUUUAGAUUUUUUUCCUUCCUCGCAUGGAACGCAGCCACACAUUUGGCAAACAUUCUAGGGAGAGGGCAUUAGUAUGGGGGAUAUGAUUCUUUUUUUUAUUUUAUUUUAUACAUGGGAUUUCCUUUGUUGCGCUAGUCGAGCUUGCAGUGAACGGAGGCGAAAGUGAACAGCUCGUAGUAAACAGCGGAAAACUUAUUACGGUCCCCUCUCAAACGAAUUAGAAAAAGAAAAUCCCCGUUCCCCAUGAACAGCUGGGCCUCCCGUUUCCCGUUUUUUGACAGGGUUGUUGAGAUUCAUCCGCGACCCCGCCAGAGCGAUGUAUUAAUGUUCCGCAAACUUUUUUUGUUUCAUUUUGUUUUUGAGUAUUGUAGAGUUUGCAAUGCAUUUAGGGGUUCAAUAAAGAGGAAGGGGGAAAAGCAGGAA